AAAACAAGAAAUUUGUCUCCGAGCGGCGGGUAAAAACAGUAGACAACAUCGUAGUCUCCGAAUUUCAGCAAUGUUAAUCUCCCCGAAGUUCUCCGGCCACCGACGGCGAAUCUACACCUCCAUCAACUUCACCCAUUUAUUCUCAACCACAACCACCUCCGCCGCCGCCGAUGACGACGACCCCUUCAAGAACCACCCAUCGUUCCACCACCUAUCCACCAUCAAAUCCAAAUCGGAGCUCCUCCAAUCCUACUCCGUCACCCCACCCAUCAAACCCUGGCCCCUUUACCUCUCCCAUAAAAAACUCAUCUCACUCAUCAAAUCCCAGCACGACAACAACCUCGCCCUCAGUAUCUUUCAUCACGCUGGUAACUUCCACCCUGGUUUUUCCCAUAAUUACGAAACCUACCUCUCCAUCAUCAAAAAGCUUUCCCGUGGACGGGAAUUUGAUAAAAUGGAGACCCUUUUAGCUGAAUUACGAAAUUCUAACAUCAAAUGUGGAGAAGUUUUGUUUGUUAAUGUGAUUCGGAAUUAUGGCAUUGCUAGUAAGCCUAAAUUGGCAGUUAAGACCUUUUUACAAAUCGAAAAAUUUGGAGUUGUGAGGUCAGUGAGGUCACUUAAUGCUUUGUUGAAUGCUUUAGUACAAAAUAAAGAGUAUGAUUUUGUUUAUGCUUUGUUUAAGAAUUGUCAGAAGAAGUUGAAUAUAACGCCUAGUGUGUUUACUUGUAAUAUCUUGUUGAAUGCUUUAAGUAAGAAAGGGGAUAUUGAUAGUUUGAUUAAAGUUCUUGAUGAGAUGCCUGUGAUGGGAAUAAUUCCUAAUGUUGUGAGCUAUACUACUGUUUUGGGUUGUUAUGUGUCACUUGGUGAUUUAGUUGGCGCGAAGAGGAUGUUUGAUGAAAUUGUUGAUAGAGGGUGGUUGCCUGAUGCGACGGCGUAUACAAUCUUGAUGCAUGGUUUGGUGAAGCAUGGGAAGUUUAUUGAUGCAGUUAAGAUAAUGGAUGAGAUGGAGGAGAAUGGAGUUGGGCCGAAUGAAGUGACGUUUGGAAUUAUGAUUGAGGCGUUUUGCAAGCAAAAGAAGUCCGGUGAAGCAGUUAAUUUACUUAAUGAUAUGCUGGAUAAGAGGCAUGUACCAAGCCCAACACUUUGCUCUAAGGUGAUUGAUGUCUUGUGUGAAGAGGGGAAGGUUGAGGAGGCGUGUAAUUUGUGGAAGAAAUUAUUGAUAAAGAAUUGUACUCCAGAUAAUGCAAUAUCUAGCACACUUAUUCAUUGGCUCUGUAAGAAGGGACAGAUUCGGGAAGCAAGGAAAUUGUUUGACGAGCUUGAGAAGAGUUCGAGUCCUAGUGUAUUGACAUAUAACAUGCUUAUUGCAGGGAUGUGUGAGAGAGGAGAGCUGCAUGAAGCUGGGAGGUUAUGGGAUGACAUGGUAGACAAGGGAUGCUUUCCCAAUGCUUUUACUUACAACAUGUUGAUCAAAGCUUUUUGCAAAGUUGGAAAUGCAAAGGAAGGAAUUCAAGUUCUAGAAGAGAUGCUUGACAAAGGGUGUCACCCAAACAAAUCUACUUAUUCCAUCUUAAUCAAGGGUCUUCUCGACUCUGAAUGCAAAGCAGAAGUCUUAAGGGUUCUUGCACUGGCUGCUUCAGGAGAUGUUGAUCCUGAAACUUGGGGAGUCCUUGUGGCCAAGUUUGUUACUGAUAUUCCAAAUGUGUGUUCUGAUAUAGAUAGGAUAUUGUCAGAGAAUGAAGUGUAAAUGUUUGUUCUAACGUUCUUCGUAUCCAACAUUUCAUUCUAAAGUGGGGGCAAGCGUGGUUCACAAAAGAACUACCCAUCAAUGAAAGUAUUGGUGAUGGUCUCGGUGCCUGGUUCAAGAAGGUACAAGCUCCCCUGUGCAAACAUUUCUGAAGUUUAGAAGAACCUUGAUAUUCUUUGGACGACAAUGUCGGAGCUAUUUGUGGAAGGAGGCUGGAAAAUGAACAUGUGAAGCAUGGGAUAUGUAGUUUGAUGACAAUAUAAAAGGCGUCAAAGAAGUAAAAGGGAAUGUUUUUUAACUAUUUAUACAGCUCUAGUACUGUAUUACUCCGAGAUAGAUUAGGUUAAUCAAUAUUGUUGUAAAUUAUGUCCUUUGUUUUAUCAUGAACUAAUUUAUAUUCUUUGUAAAGGAAGGCAUACUUGGAGAAUCAA